AGAGGCAGGCAUAAAAGGUAGAGAGAGACAGACACGGAGUUAUUUCCAAGGCAAAAGUAAAUGACUUAAUGGUUAAGCUACCCAAUAAAAGAGGAGUGUGUUCCCAAAUUGAAAUCCUGAUAAGAUUUUGCCUUUGGGGCUCUCUUAAAAACAAGGAAUGGUAUACAAAGCUCCAGCUUCUGCUUCUUUAUUCUCAUCAAUUUUGCUUCUGAUUCUCGCAUUUCUCUUCGCCAUGGCCGAUUCUGCUCCCAAAUCCGUCGCUUCUUCUUCCGAAUCGGCGGUCCACAUCGUCUACACUGAGAGGCCUCUCGAAAAUGAGGAGCCUGAGUCCUACCACAUCCGAACCUUAGCCUCCGUCCUCGGCAGUGAGGAGGCUGCGAAGGGGGCUCUGAUAUACAGUUACAAGACGGCUGCCAGUGGAUUCUCCGCUAAGCUCACUCCUCAACAGGUCGAGGAAAUUUCAAAACUACCUGGGGUUCUUCAGGUUGUACCAAGCAGGACACUUCAACUGCAUUCAGGACCUGGGAAGCUGCAUUAGAGGAACUGAACUCAAUACAUAAGAAACGUGUUUCAAACAGUUAUCUACUUUAUGUAUAAAACAAUAAACUUGUUUACUAUUGGCACAGUGUACUUCUGCCCGAAUAAGGUUUAAAAUUAAUGUUUAAAAGUGCCCCUUAUGUACCUUCA